AUGUACGCAUACUCACCCGCCGUGGACUGGCCGGUGGUACUCGGUAUGGAGGACGUUCUCGCCGUGCGGAAUCUCUACGGCGCCGCGAAGGACGAGCCGUCGACCGCGGUGCCCGCCGAACCUACGGUCGUACAAACGACUACGACGCCGGCGACUACGAUGACGGCAUCGCCGGAAUCGCCCGAUCCGUGCACCUGGCGCGACAUCGACACCCUUCUCGUGCUGGGAAAGCGCUUGUUCAUCACGCAAGGGCAGUACACGUGGACGAUCGGCCUGGGUGGAAAGAUCGUCGACAGGCCGUUCUUCCUGAGGGAUUACGUUAGGUUCCUGCCAAAGACCGUCACGCGCCUGUCGGCGGCGUAUCAGACGGUCAAGGGGGACCUGGUGUUCUUCGGCGAUGGCUGGGUGUACAUGGUAUCUUAUCCCACCCUCGAGUUACGCGCGUCGUGGCCGCGACGCACGACUGAUCUCGGGCUUCCGCCAAACGCGGUGAUCAACGCCGCGCUGAACUCGCACAUGGGUCGCACCUACGUCAUAUACAACGAUUACGCGGUACUGGAAAUGGACGAAUGCAACAUGACGGCUCGCGGGUACCACAUGCUGCAGACGGUUUUCCCGAGUAUACCGUCGUUGGUGCGCACGGCCUACCGCUACACCGAUGGACAGCUCUACUUCGUUCAUCGCGAUCGCUUCUUCGCGUACGAGUUCACCGAGACCGUGACGAGGUCCGGGGAGUUCGAUCUCGACGCGAUCGGCGUGGGAGACCUCACCGCGAUGUCCAACGUCGACAUACGGCGCAUGCGGCUACUCAGCCGCAAAUACAACCUCACCAGAACCGGCUACAAGUAUCUGGAGCUCGGCAUAGGCGUCCCUCCGACCUUGGACAUGGCGACCGUGCACGUCGCAAUGGGGGACACUAUCGGCAAGGAGAUACUGCUGAACGCCGAGAUGUGGAAAGGACUGGUGGACAGUAGAGCCAUCGUCUGCGACUACCUCGCGCGGGCUAACAGCGAGCACGGUCCGCCUCCACCCAUUCGCCUGGACGACAUGAGGGUACGCUUCGCUACCAUCAACGGUCAGCCGACCAUACGUCUGGACACUUCUUCGGGUCGUUUGACCCUGUCCGCGCCGACGGUUCGCUAUCUGUACGUAUUGCGGCACUGCGCCAAGCGCGUCAUCGCCACGAUGGCCAGCGUCGUCGGACGAGUCGAGGCUAAACUGCGCGCCUUCAAGUACGCCGCUGCGAGCGUCGAGGAUCCUUCCGACGCCCCAAGAGCGAUACGCGACAGCAAGGACUUCGACAACGACGAUCUGCUCGAUUGCGAACUGCUCGUCGUGGUCUUCGGCAAUAUCUGA